AGGAGGUUGGGAGGAGGAGGAAGAAGUGUGCAGAAGAAGGAGUGCAGGUGGGAGAGAAAGGAAGAGGGAGCGUGGAUGAGCGGGUGGUCAUAGAAAGGUGUAGCCCAACCUUCUGAGACAAUCAAACGAGAGUUUUAUCUCCAUAAACGUCAUCCAGCGCUGCGUGCUGCUCAUCAGAGGCAAAGUGAGCAGUUUCCGCUGUAUGCAGCAUCGAGACGCGUUUGGGCAUCACGCCGAUAAAGGAUGAUAAGACUGCUGGUUAUAUUCAUUUAGUUGCAAUUCGUAGUCUACAAACGGGAGGAGGCAAAUUAUGAUCCGAGGAUGAUUUCUGCAAAGAAAACUCCAGAGAAGAUUCGUUAUCCGAUCCAUUAUUUGGUGUGGCACAACAAACACCGACAGCUAGAGAGAGAGCUGGCGACGAACGAGCAGACUGAUUUAGAGGCUCUAGACCCUCGUGGCCGGACUCCUCUCCAUCUGGCUGUUACACUCGGCCACCUGGACUGUUCCCGGGUCCUGCUGCAGCAUGGAGCUGAUAGUAGCAAGGACAAUCGCAAUGGAUGGACCGUUCUUCAGGAGGCAGUGAGCACCAGGGAUCCAGAGUUAGUGCGUCUGGUGCUUCGUUAUCGUGACUACCAGAGGACAGCCAAGAGGCUGGCGCGUAUCCCUGUCCUGCUAGAGCAACUGCGCCAAGCUCAGGACUUUUAUGUGGAGAUGAAAUGGGAGUUUACCAGCUGGGUGCCCCUGGUGUCUCGUAUCUGCCCCAGUGACACCUACAGAGUGUGGAAGAGUGGUCAGUGUCUCCGUGUUGACACCACUUUGAUGGGCUUUGAGCAGAUGACCUGGCAGAGAGGAAACAGAAGCUUUAUUUUCAGGGGACAAGAUUCAAGUGCAGAGGUGAUGGAGGUUGACCAUGACAAGCAGCUGGUGUACUGUGAGACUCUGUCUCCAGCAGCACUCUCACCCGGACGAAUGAAUGGCGGCUCAUGCAGCAACACCAAAGCUGGUCUAGGCCUUCUGGGGGCUGUACAGCCCAGUGACGAGCAGGUAGCAGGAAGACUAUCAGCCCCUGUGGUGACCACUCAGCUGGACACCCGCAACAUUGCCUUUGAAAGAAAUAAGACGGGUAUACUGGGCUGGAGAAGCGAGAGGACUGAGGCAGUGAAUGGAUAUGAAGCCAAGGUCUAUGCAGCUUCUAAUGUGGAGCUGGUCACCAGGACCAGAACGGACCAUCUCUCAGAUCAGAACAAGAACAGGACGAAGGGUGGGAAGACCCCUCUGCAGAACUUCCUCGGGAUUGCAGAGCAACACAUGGGGCCUACCAACGGGGCCCUGGUGACCCAGAUGUCCUGUCCCGUGGUGACCAAUCCUGCAGCACUGACGGCAGAAGAAUACUUCAACCCCAGCAUCUCACAAAUUCAGAGGGAUAUCGGUCACCCCUGCCAGCUCACCACCAAGACCCAGAGGUUUAAAGCCAAGCUCUGGCUGUGUGAGUCCCAUCCUCUGUCUUUGGCAGAACAAGUGGUGCCUAUCAUUGAUCUUAUGGCCAUCUCAAACGCCCUGUUCGCUAAGCUUCGUGACUUCAUCACUUUGCGCUUGCCACCUGGCUUCCCUGUCAAGAUUGAGAUCCCUCUUUACCACAUCCUGAAUGCUAGGAUUACAUUCAGUAACCUGAACGGAUGCGAGGAGGGGAAUGGCACCCAUGCUGACAGUGAGACUGUGGUAGAGGGUGAGGGACAGAGAGAGACUCUGAGGACAGACACCCCAUCUCCAGGAAGCGACUCCUCCAGUUUGUCCAGCUCCAGCUCCACCAUGUCAUGUCGAGCCGGAGAGAUUCCCUCGUGUGUGUUUGAGCCCCCACCCGGAUACACCAUGCAACGUGGCAAGCAGAGAGAUAGCAUGAGAGAUGAGGAGGAGGACCUACUGCAGUUUGCAAUACAGCAGAGUCUGCUGGAGGCCGGCUCUGAAUAUGAUCAGGUGACCAUCUGGGAGGCACUGACCAAUAGCAAACCUGGAACGCACCCCCUUCCCUGUGACCCAAGUCGUGUGGAGAGGACCCCCCAGCACAAGCCCUGUCCCCCAUCCAGCCUCUCCUCCACCCCCUCCAAGAAGAAGCCCACCAACUGCUGCUAUGACGAGCAGCUGCGCAUCGCCAUGGAGAUCUCAGCUCAGGAACAAGAGGAAGCAGAGCUUCGGCAGCAGCGCGAGGAAGAGGAGCUACAGCGCAUCAUCAAGCUGUCCCUCAUGGAGAAAUAAGAACUGAGUUGCCAAUCAAGCAUCUGAAGGGAGAGGUCUGGCCCAGAGAUGUAUAGAAGAAAGGUGAACUAGAGGCUGCCUUGAGAAUUAAAGCACACUCUGCAAGUGGCUUGACAUACAUGCCAAAAUCCUCUUUAAAUGAUUUUGUAAGAUCAAAUGUUUCCUUUCUCUUCUAUCAACUCAGCCAGACCUUCCCCAUGAAGCCAUGCUGUGACCGAGCCUUAGACAGCAAGAGAGGGACUCCUGUGUCCUCUUUCUUGUGCCACAUGGUACUGUCUUGACCAGUGCCAGUUCAAAGCCAACAAUACAUCAAAGUACAAGUUUCAUGGAAUGCCUCCUUGGAUGACUGAUUUCUGUCUGUUUGCAGAGUUUGUGUGUAACUUUGUAUGUUUUUGUGUAUUUUCUUCAAAACCAGCUCUCCACACAGGAGUCAACAGAUUACCUUCGGUCCUGAAAACAAAGUGUGUUAGGCCAACUCUCUGCUCCUCACACAAAUGUUCACUGAAUCCUUUUCCCGCUGGUUCUACACUGUGAUUAAAAAAACACCUUUUUUUAAUAGCAGUGACGAUGCAGGACCAGUCUUGUAAAGUACAACGUAACCUCUGUCAAGUGGAAUUGAAAGUCACACACUCUGAGUUUCUAAUGAGAGAGAACAGACUGGUAUAUGUAAAUUGAUUUGCACAAAAUCCAAAUGUACUGUACUUAGUUUGUGGGUGGAUCACUUAUAUGACUGUUAAUUGAUGUGGAUGAGAAAGUUGGAGCGAAGAGUACACAUAAUGGAAUCAUAAACAUAUAGAAACAUGAUAAUGACUUGUGAGUAAACUGUGGAGUACAAAUGUAAUGGAAAGAGAUUUUCUGUAUAUUUGCUUCUUACCUAACAUGAACAGAUGAUUUCUGA